UUUUUCUCACUGAUUUUUUACGAAUUUUUUUUUCCAAAAACUUUCUGGGCAAAUCGGCUUUCUGGUUUUGAAAGAUCUGAACUUUUCCGGACACAAUUUCACGAUGAAUUUCAUCUGCAACGUUGCUUCAAAACUGGAGCUAAUUAGGGUUCCGAGGAAUCUUCGUCUUGUCAUCGCAAACUUCUUUACGGAGAUGAACAGAUCUCUUGAGAAAAUGUCGGGAUCUGAGACUGGAAUGAUCUCGAGCAGAGAACCAGUGCCCUUCACAAUGGAUCUCCAGAACAAUCCGGCGCCGGCACAGCCAGUGAUACAGAACAUGCGCCUGAACUUCAUCCCCGACGGAGUCUCCGGCUACAAGCCGGCGUCACCUCCGCAGUACCAACCGAACUCCUCCACCGGCGCCGGAGAAGAUAUGCCGUCGGCGAAUCACGGGUUUAACAUGAACAUGGUCGGGAGCGAGCCUGUGAAGAGGAAGAGAGGGAGACCCAGAAAAUACGGACCAGACAGUGGCAUGUCACUGGCUCUGGUUCCGGGAGCUGUCUCAUGCCCGAGCGGCAGAUCUGCCGGAGAUGGCGGUUUACCUUCUCCGCCGGCGGCUUCCUCCGGCGGAGCCACCACUCCUAUGUUCAAGAAAGCGAGAGGAAGGCCUCCUGGCUCUGGCAAAAAACACCAACUCCAAGCUUUGGGUUCGACCGGGCUCGGGUUUACCCCCCAUGUAAUUAACGUCAAGGCUGGCGAGGACGUAUCGUCGAAGAUAAUGGCGUUUUCUCAGCACGGCCCUCGCGCGGUCUGUGUCUUGUCCGCGAAUGGAUCCAUCUCCAAUGUGACUCUGCGGCAGCCAGCCACAUCCGGUGGAACUGUUACUUACGAGGGGAGGUUCGAGAUUCUGUCGCUGUCGGGAUCGUUUCUUCUGAUGGAGAACGGCGGUCAUAGGAGCCGGACAGGAGGGCUAAGUGUGUCGUUGUCGGGUCCUGAUGGUCGUGUCUUAGGUGGAUGUGUGGCUGGCCUUCUUGUUGCUGCUUCUCCUGUUCAGGUGGUUGUAGGGAGUUUCAUAUCAGAUGGGCGUAAAGAACCCAAACGAGUCAGCCAGUCCACAGCUCUAGCCAUGAUGGGACCAAGCAGCCCACAAUCCCGAGGCACGAUGAGCGGAUCCUCGGGCGGUGAACCCGGAAGACCUCCUCUUAACCACACCGCAGGAGCAUGCAACAUCUCCGGUGUUCCCAACAUGGCAUGGAAGUAGCAAUCAACGUCUCACUAAUGAUAAUUAUGAUCAUGACGAUAAUGACUGUUUUAGGGGUUAGGGUUUUGACCUAAUUAGGGUUUUUACCUUUCUAAAUAACUCCCUUGUUCAGAAUAUGACUCUUGUUCUUUUCUUCUUGGGUUCGUGAGUACAAGACCAAAGUGGUUUUCAUAUUA